AUGCGUGUUCUAAAAGUAAUUCGCAAAAGAAAGCAAAUUCAAACAAAGAAAGAAACUCGUGAAUCUCGAAAGACACAAAACUCCGACAAUCAAAGAGAAAAAAUAGUGUCCUUAAUUAUUAUUGCAGUAAUCAGUGUAUUUGUCGUUUGUUGGACUCCGUAUUGCAUAGCAAUGAUGUGUUUAGCAGUUGACGGCUGCAGACUCCCGAAAGAGUUUAUGUCAGCAGCAGUAGUAUUAACAAUUUCAAACGGAAGUUUUAAUCCACUCAUCUAUGGUGUUAUGAAUAGAAAUUUUCGUGCAGCGUUUGCUGCUAUACUGGGUUUCGCGAAACAUACACAAGAAAGGACCCGGGUUCAUGAUGUUCGUGUUGAUAGUAAAAAUGCAUCCGUUCUUUGA